AUGUCUCAGUUGGUUCUCGAUCCCACCAUGCUGGGGGGGUCUGCUGAUGGAGAUGACUCGGAAUAUGAGUACGAAUAUCAUGAGACGGAGACAGAGAGCUUCUAUCUCAAUCUAGACCUCACCUCUUAUCACGGGCUUAUCCGCCCUCCUCGAAGACGACAGGAGGGUGCUGCGACUGCUGCUGCCGCUGCUUCCAUGCAGUCCUCGCGCCUGUCGUCCCCCGCCCUGGAGCCGUCCAGUCCCGGUGGUGCGACCGAAGAUGCAGCUCCCGCCGACCGCGUGCAGAUUUUGGGGCUGCAUACCCGCAAUCCGAUUGUCUCCUAUCAGAAUCAGAUUUUCAGCUGCUCUUGGGCCGACAUGAUUGGGACAGAGCUCCAUUUCACAGAUCCAGCGGGCGUUGAGCCGCCGCCUCCGCCCGAGGGAGAAGCAGAAGGAGAAGAAGGAGAAGGAGAAGCGGCCCUCAGGGAGACCGAGUAUCUACGACGCGACAAGAAAUUCGACCUCAUCGCCGGCAACAGCGUCAAGAUCCUGGGCCGCAAGGCAAACCUUAUUUCGAGCUCUGGAGCGGACCUCGCCUCGGCGGUCUCUGUCGCUGGGGCGGGCGCGACACCAGAGCCCGCCUCGGCGAUCGCGGCCCUGGCCGGCUCACACCUGGGCAGCGCCACGUCUGGUCCAGCGGUGAUGCGAAAGACGCAGACACAGACGAACCAGGCGCGGUUUCUGGAUCGUCUCGCGAGCGUCAAACAGGCCAAGGGCGAGACCGACACUGUCCGGACCGCGUUCAGCUGGAAGCGCGGGCAGAAUAUGGAGGAGCGGCUGCGAGGCUGGGCGCGGACGGAGGAACAGUUGGUGGAGAUCCAGCGGCUCAACCGUAGGGCUCUGCAGGGUGACGUCGACGCACUCCUUGCUCUGGAAGAGCUCUACAUGCAGUUUGAGAGGCACCAGGAGCAACAAGAGGAUUGA